AUGCAAACUAAGCUCAUAAGUGGGACCUACUCAUCAAUCAUGAACAAACAGGAUUUGCUCAGAGAAGUGGUGGUCAAGUACAUCGAUUAUUUCUAUCCAGUCGCGUCGGGUACCAGCGCCGUGGCAAUCGACAACAAGAUCGAGCAAGCUAUGGAUUUGGUUAAGAGCCACUUGAUGUUCGCGGUGCGCGAGGAAGUGGAAGUGCUUAAAGAGCGUAUCGCCGAACUGAUGGAGAGGAUCAACCAGCUGGAGGUAGAGAAUACGUACCUACGGGCACACGCCAGCCAGGAUACGCUCGCGCAGCUGCCUGCCGCCGGCGUGAAGCCGCCGCCGCAGCCUCAGGGCCCGCAGCCGCCCGUCUCGUAG